UUCCGUACCCAGGAGGCGGGCUCUUUUGAGGCCACGUUUCAUUGGCUUCGAGAAGUGUCGCUUAAAAGGAAACAGGCUCGUCAUCCUAAUCGGCUGUGGCGCGCGGAGACAGGAAUGGAAGGCGUUUAAGGACAGAAAAUCUGAUGUCUCCAACUGCUGUAAUGCUUUCAUCUAGAACCAGAACAAAUUUGCCGUCUGAGAUUUAGAAAGGAAGAAAUAAAAUGAAGAUGUUUAAUCCAGUGACUGGGAUCUCAGUUUCCAUCUCUUGGCUAUGGACUCAGUUUUCAUCUUGCUGGAAUAACCUUACAGCACUGACUAUUUCUCUCAUAUUAUUUGCACUGCUGCUGGAUUAUCUGAAGCGGGGAAAGAGAUGUAGUCGCAGUCCACCAGGGCCAGCUCCUCUGCCUUUCAUUGGGAACUUGCUAAUUAUUGAUAGAAAGAACUGUUUGGUGUUUGAUAUUAAAAAUCCAUAUAAGACAUUACUGGAUGUGGCAAAGCAGUUCGGACCAACCUUCUCUUUCCAGAUUGGAUGGAAAAAUUAUGCUGUAAUUGGUGGGUUCAAAAUGAUAAAGGAAGCACUUGGGCGAAAGUCUGAGAACUUCAUUGAAAAACGACCAAUUCCACUGUUGAAACUAGUAGGUCGUGUAAAGAACUGUGAAGGAAUAUUCCUGGCAACAAGUAGUGAGGGCUGGAAGGAGCAGAGGAAAUUCUGUAUCACUACCCUCAAAAAGUUUGGGAUGGGAAAGAAAACACUUGAGCAGAGAGUGUCUGAGGAAGCUGGAUAUUUGUGCUCUGAGUUCAAAUCUCAGGAAGGUUCUCCCUUUGAUCCACAAAAAUUAAUAUCUCAGGCAGUUGGCAAUGUCAUCUGUAUUCUAGUAUUUGGUGAUCGUUUUGAAUACAACGAUGAAACCUUCCAGAAGCUAUUGCAUUCAUCUAAGGAAAUCAUAAAAGAAGCAAGCAGAAUCCUACCCCUGCUUUUGGGUGCAGGCUCCUGGCUGUCCUACUUACCUGGACCACAUCGUAAAAUCCUGAAAUUCUACAAUGAUUUUUGUGUUGUGGUGAGAAAGAUUAUAAAUGAACAUAAGAAAACAAGAGAUCCCACUUUUCCAAGAGAUGUAACUGAUGCAUUUCUAGAAGAGAUAGAAAAGGCUAAAUGGAAUCCUGAAAGUACUUUUAGUGAACAAAACCUUUUUAAUGUUAUUGUGGAUCUCUUUGGUGCUGGUAUUGAAACCACAACUUGCACUUUGCUCUGGGGAUUGCUUUUCAUGGUCCUUCACCCUGAGGUUCAAAAAAGAGUCCACAGAGAAAUUGAUAUGGUGAUUGGCAAAGUAAAACCACCCAUGAUGGAGGACCAACCAAAAAUGCCUUAUACCAGAGCUGUAAUCCAGGAAAUUCAGCGUUAUGCUGAUGUUGUACCUGUUACACUUCCUAAUGUGACACAUAGAGAUACUGAGGUUGGCGAGUUUGUCAUUCCUAAGGCAACGGCUGUUUUCAUUCAUUUGUCUACUAUGAUGAAGGAUGAAACUAUGUGGGAAAAACCACAUGAAUUUUACCCAGAACAUUUUCUAGAUGAAAAUGGGCAACUGGUCAACCGAGAAGCCUUCGUGCCUUUCUCUAUAGGUCGCCAUUCCUGUCCUGGAGAACAAUUGGCUAAAAUGGAGCUCUUUAUCUUCUUCACCACCCUCUUGCAACAUUUCACAUUUUACAUUCCUGAAAAUUCUCCUAGACCCACAGAGGAAAAAGUAUUUUCCUUGAUAUCCAUCCCAUUGCCAUUCCAAAUCUGUGCCACUCCUAGAUAAUAUCAUCAGGGCAUAUCUAUGUAUUACCUGCUCACAUAGCACUAAAACUGGGGACAUAAUUGAAAGGUGUGAAUUAAGCCCCAACUGAAAAAGUUUCAGUACAUCCAGAUAUGUACUAGAUGCAAGGAUCUGAAGACAUUUACAUAACCAGGUUUGGCUAAAUGUAGUUAGAGAGCUACCAGGAACAGGGACCUUUGCUAGGCAAGGAUCUCAGUUUAGGAAGUUCAUCUGAACACAGAGAACCCUCUUUAGAUUUUGCUUCUAGGGUCUAGAAAUAAUGCAGUUUGACACUGCCUUAACUGCCAUGGCUCAGUGUUAUAGAAUUCUGAGAUUUGUAGUUUUGUGAGAUAUUUAGCCUUCUCUUUCAGAGAGCUCUGGUGCCACAACAAAUUACAAAUCUUAAUAUUCUAUUGCACUGAGCCAUGGUAGUUAAAGCAGUUCCAAAUUGCAUUAAUUCUGCAGUGCAGAUGCAGCUUGGGUAUGUAAUGAUGAUGGUUGUGGAGAUUUACAAGCACACCCCAUGUUUUAGCUCUGCAUGUGAGUAGCUGUAUGCCUGCACAGCACUGCUAUCUGGUACCCACUGGUUUGGCUAAGAGUCCACCCAGAGAAAACAUUUUGUGUGAUGAUACUUUCAUGAGCUAAAUUAAUAUGAGAUUUUCAGCUCUGCAAUGCAGCAGGUCAGAGGAGAUAAGCAUGACUCAUAGAAAAGACCCCGGAUCAUGAUGUUGAUUUAAAGUACCCUCAGCUUAUUAAUACAUAGUGGUUAGAAACAGUAUAAUCUUCAUAUUAGAGAAUAUAAUAUUAUGAAUGUUUAUUUGUAUUUUUUAAUUGGAUUUUUAAAUGUAUGGUUAAAAGGAAAGGAAAAAUAGAAAAGGAGGAAAUCAUGGGGAGGUAGAGGAUAGGGACACGUGCUGGGCAUAUGCAUUAAUAUUAGCGUGAAUUUGUAUAAAUAAGCAUCUGAAAACGACACAAAGAAGUAAUCACUGAAAUAGCAGCACAAUAUAAAUUGCAUAAGAAUGAUCUUAGAAUGUCACUGGAAAAGCAAUUAAUAAAAGUAAUUAAAUGUUUAAUCCCAAGUGAACAUUCUUUCUCCCAACUCCAUCUAGUUUUCUAGCAAGUUUGUUACAUAACAUCGUAUUUACCAAGCCACUGUAGUAGUGGGGCAGAGGGUUCAAUUGUCUGCAAUCCGAUCAUUCCAUUGACAGAGUAAUAUGGGGAAGGACAACAUCUGUAUGUAACCCAGAAUAUAAUAUAGUAAUCUGAACAGGACUAGGGAUUUCUCUUUACUGUCAAUUUUCUGUGUACUUAUACGGGUAGCCAUGUGUGUAUGUCAUAGGUGCCUUAGUAGAUUGGAGAACACAACCAGGACCCUGCUGUCUGUCAAUUUUCUGGACGGAUCAUGGUGAUAUAUUUUGGGUGUGUUGUUGUUAACUGUCCUUGAGUUGAGCUCAGCUCAUGGCAAC